AUGGCACCCAGAUUCAAGGACGGUGAUGCCGUGGUUGCCAUCAACGGAAAAUGGAUUUCAUGGACUCACACUUUGUUCGCGUAUGCCGCGUUCUUCAGCGCGUUGAUUGUCGGUUGCGCGUUGCAUUACCACAAGAUCGUUCAGAAUGAACACUAUGGCUACCCCGACGAAUGGUUUCCCUCCGUCUCCGCGACAAUUGGCGAUCGCUAUCCCGAACGCUCGUUCUUCCAAGUCUUCAUCGCCAUCACUUCCGGUCCUCGCUUCGCUCUCGUCUUCCUGUGGUACGUGCUUACCGCACGUCCGAACUCGUCUCUCCCUAAGAUCGUUGCCGGUGUUGGUGUCUUCCGCACCUUGACCUGUGGUGGAUGGACCUAUGUCACCUCCACUGACGAUCAUGACUGGCACGAUAUCUUCAUGAUCUCGUACCUCGUUGCGACCUUGCCAUGGACGCUGGGCUGCCUUGCACUCAGCCCUAACAACCGUCGUGCCGUCAAGUACCGUAAGAUCAUGGCUAGCCUGUUCUUCGGAACUUUGGUGCCAUUGAUCUACUACUUCAUCCAACACAAGGUCCACAAGGUGGCUGGAGCAUACACCCGUUACGCUUUCUUCGAGUGGUCCCUGAUUCUGUUCGACGUCGGCUUCGAUGCCAUCACCGUGCUCGACUUUGAAGGAUUCGAAAUUGUGGUUCGGGAUAUCAAGGGUAUCAGCAGAGGACAGUUGAAAACGACCGCGGAUUCUGUUCUUGAGAAAGAGAAGGGCAAGCCCGUUGGCAACACUUUCGGCGAGGGCUUCUUCUGGACUGAGAUCGUUGACGCUGCCGCUGAUGUUUAUAAUGGGUUUGUCUUCUGGACUAUUGUGACCGGUCUUCCCGUCCUGGUGUGGUACUUCCCUCUUUGGCACAUGGGUAUCUCGGGCUACGAGGUUGCGAUUGCUGCUGUCGUUUCGCCUUUCUUCUUUGCCAUCCCUUCUCUGCGACAGCUUGCAGUUAAGAACCUGCGACCCCUCCAUCUGAUCUCGCUGUCCGGUCUGCUGGCCUACAAGUUCCAGAAUCCUGCCCACCGUCUGUUCGUGACUGCUUUUGCUCUCGCAAUCACCUGUGCGGCAUGGACUGCCACCUUCUUCGCCGAGCGUGCCAACACGCCGCGCUUGGAGACUCGCAUCAUGGCCUGGGGCAUUGGUCUGAUCAUGUCCGUUGUUGCCAAGUUCGCUUGCUCCACCAACAACCCCCUCUGGCCCAUCAUGCACGCCGAGAACGGUGGUUGGAACAAGAUUGGUCUUUUCCUUGCAAUCUUCUCCGUUCUGCGCUCCCAGCGUCCCACGACUACCAGCGGUGGUGACUAUCUCCCCGCUGGCGGUAAGAAGGGCUCGGCUCUCCUGGCCGGUCUUGGCUUUGGAGGUCUCCUCUUUGCCAUUGUCUCUCUUCUGACUGACUCUAGCACCAUGAUCUCAUGGGUCUGGGAAGGAUAUCCGGUUCGUGGUCCCAUUGCCGUGCCGCACGGUGCCGUCACCAUCUUCGCUAUGGGCGCUGGUCUGGUCUAUGGUAUCUUCAACCCUGCGAUUGCGGGUACCUGGACGGCCUUUGGACUUGGAUCCAUUGGCGCGACUCUCCUCACUUACUACCACCACUGGACUGGAUUCUACGGUGCUCUGGCUCUGGCCUUCUACAUCAUGGCCGUUGCUCCUGUUCUCAUUACCUCCUGCGUUCGCCACGGUGCUGCUAGCACCUUCGGUGUUGGUUUCCUGCUUUACGUCUUCCUCCUUCUCUUCCACGUCUGGGUCGUUGCCUACGCCUUCGUUCCCGGUGGCCCUCUGGUGCGUGAGCACACCGACUGGCUCAUGAUGACUACUAUGCUCGCCAUCGGUGCUGGUGUGUUCUCCGCUGCUACUACCAACUCUUCUCGCUCUCCCCGCAAGAAGCCCGUUAGCCCCAACAGCAAGCGCCAGCGCUCGUACUACAUCUACGUCCUGGCGGCCCUGCAGCUGCUCUCCGUCUCCGUGGCUUACCUGCGCUUCCCUACCAAUGACUACGUUCCCCACCACAAAGAGGACAAGGUUGUUACCGCCGGUAUCUGGACCGUCCACUUCGGUCUGGACAACAACAUGUGGGCUGCUGAGCGCCGUAUGCGCGAUGUUCUGGGUGAGCUCGAGCUCGACGUGAUUGGCUUCCUCGAGUCCGACAACCAGCGCGUCAUCAUGGGUAACAAGGAUGUCACCCAGUACAUCGCAGAGGACCUCGGCUACUAUGCUGACUUUGGCCCCGGCCCUAACAAGCACACCUGGGGCUCUGCCUUGCUGUCCAAGUUCCCCAUUGUGAACUCUACCCACCACCUUCUCCCCUCGCCCGUUGGUGAGCUGGCUCCUGCCAUCCACGCUACUCUCGACAUGUACGGUGAGAUGAUUGACGUUGUCGUCUUCCACUCCGGUCAGGAGGAGGACCCCGAGGACCGUCGUCUGCAGACUGAGUAUCUGUCUAAGCUGAUGGGCUCGUCCCCUCGUCCCUUGAUUCUGUUGAGUUAUCUGGUCACCAAGCCGCUCGAGGGCAACUACAACACCUAUGUCAGCGAGUUGAGCGGUAUGAAGGAUAUCGAUCCCACCGAUUGGGACCGUUGGUGCGAGUACAUUCUCUUCAAGAAGUUGAAGCGUACUGGUUACGCCCGUAUUAGCCGUGAUACUAUCACCGACACUGAGAUUCAGGUCGGCAAGUUCGUCAUCGGCGAGCCCGAGCCCGAGGAGGAAGUCCGCGUUCCGGAGGAGUUGGUCCCAGUUGGCCGACGCUUCCCUGCACUCUUCCGUGGUGAGGGUGUUCGCGGUCACCGCUACCACGUCUUUGACGAGCCCAGGUAUUGGCAGUAA